CGAAUCGUCCACGAACCCGCGAAUCAGCCAGCGCUGUCGGCCUUUCACCCACCAAACCGACUCCUCGAGCCUCUGAAAAGAUUGCCCUGCGGCAUUCUACAGCGACUGACGGGCUGUACUCCGCCGAUUUCCCGCCGCCAAUUCCGCCUGCUCCCUACCAAUCUCUCUCAUCACCACCUCUAUCAUUUUGUCCCAAGAAUAGCGUUUUGCUGCUGUGUACGCCUAAUUACCAAACCUAAUCUGCAGUGCUAGUUCUCGCCUUCCCUCUAUCUGCCUCCCGAUCGACGCGAGCCUCGAGGGCAAGACGCGUUCUCACUCUUCCGCCCUGGCCCUGUCGUUCCCCUCCCCCGUCACCCGAUCCCCCACAGGCGCUCUUACUUUUCGGCCGGCGAGUCGACCAAGGCGCUUGGUGAUAUAGCAACAUGCCAUCCAACUCCAAACGUUCGAUGGCACCGCCAACCAAUGUACCGAAGCAGAUCUCUGCGACUAGCACAUCUAAAAAAGCUCCGACCAAGCCUACAACACAAAAUUCAAUCGCCGGUGCGAAAUCGACCGGAUCCCCAGAGACCCGCACUAGCUCCCCAGAGCAUAUGGAGAGUCCCGAAACGCCAACCGCCACGACGACCGUGAACCGGAAGAAGCAGAAGAGACGGCAGAAGCAGGCUGCCCGCCUCGCUGCGGAGCGACAGUCCAGUAACAUGCCGGCACAGAAUGGUGACGGUGGCCAUGACAUCGUUGCGGACUUUAGUCGAGCAGCGACGCAAGGACAGCACGCGGCCUUUGACAAUGAUGAUUUGGACUAUACAGAUGAUGAGACUCAUUAUUCUACACAGGGCCAACGUGGACUUCAGCACGAUAAAAACGGUGUGCUCCAUCAAUCUCAAGAGCCCUCCAAGCGAAAAGGCAAAAAGAAGAAAAAUAGAAAGAGCCGUUCUCAGUCUCAUCAAGCCGAGGGGAGCUCUACGUCCAUGUCUACCCCGUCCGCGUCGCUCGCCCGCCCUGUCACCCUGCCACCUUUGUCCAGUUCCGCAUACCGAUCUGCACACAAAGUGACCAAAGACCGCAUCUGGAAUACAUCGACCCACGAAGAACGGGAACGAAUCAAAGAGUUCUGGCUUCAACUCGGUGAGGAGGAGCGCCGAUCGUUGGUCAAAGUAGAAAAGGAAGCUGUAUUGCGAAAAAUGAAGGAACAACAGAAGCAUUCCUGUAGUUGUACAGUUUGUGGGAGAAAACGAACCGCAAUUGAGGAGGAACUAGAGGUCCUUUAUGAUGCAUACUAUGAAGAGCUUGAGCAAUAUGCGAACCAUAAACAAGGAUCGUUCGAAAAUGGUGCGCCCAUUGGAGCACCCCCGCGGCUAUACCAACCCCCUCUUCGAACUCUUGAUCGACAUUCUCAUCAUCCCGUUGCCCAACAUCCGUCGAGAGGUAGAGUCCAAGAACUCCCUGACGACGAUGAAGACUUAGAUGAUGAUUACGAUGAGGACGAUGAGGAUGAUGAGCCGUAUAGCGAGGAUGAAUUGGAGGAUGCAGCCAGAACAACGCGCGCCGAUUUCUUCGCAUUUGGGAAUAGCUUAACUGUGAAAGAUGGAAUUCUUACAGUAGCUGAUGACCUUCUCAAAAAUGACGGGAAGCAUUUUAUUGAUAUGAUGGAGCAAUUAGCUGAGCGGCGAAUGCAACGUGAAGAAGACACGCAGUAUGCAGCUGCAUCCGCAGCCCAUCAGUCCAUGCAUGCAGGUCAUAAUCAUGGUCCACCCUUGGAUGAAGAAGAAUAUGAUGAUGAAGAAGAGGAAGAUUAUGAUAGUCAAGAUGAUGAAGAAUAUGAGGAAGAUGAAAUGGAUGCAAUGACAGAGGAACAACGGAUGGAAGAAGGAAGGAGAAUGUUUCAAAUAUUUGCAGCACGAAUGUUUGAACAACGAGUCCUGACGGCGUAUAGAGAGAAGAUUGCUCGUGAACGUCAAGAGCGGCUCAUCGAAGAAUUAGAAGAAGAGAAUCGGCUUGAUGUGGAACGUGAGGCAAAGAAAGCCCGCGAGGCUCAAAAAAGAAAAGACAAGAAGAAACUCCAGAAGCAAGCCAAAGAAGAGGAGAGAGCAAAACGGGAGGCCGAGCGAGCUGCAGAGGAAGCUGCCCAAAAGGCGUUAGAGGAGAAGCGACUAGAGGAGCAGCGGCGGAAGAAGGAAGAGCAACGAAAGAAACGUGAGGCUGAAAAGAAAGCUCAAGAGGAAGAACGACAACGGAAAGAAGCGGAACGACAAAAGCGACUUAAAGAAGAGCGUGAACGUCAGGCCGAGUUCGAACGAAAGCAGCGGGAGCAGAAAGAGCGGGAGAAGAAGAAGCGCGAGGAAGCGAAAAAGAGAGAACGAGAAGAGAAAGAGGCCAAAGAAAGGGAGUUACGCGAAAAGAAGAUCAAGGAAGAGCGCGAACGAAGGGAACGAGAAGAAAAAGCCAGGCAAGAAAAGGAGGCUGCUGCCAAAGCCGAACGUGAAAGCAGAGAGAAAGCUAAGCGUGAGGAGCAAGCUGCGCAGCAAGCGGCUGCCCAAGCAGCCGCAGUUCAGGCCGCCAAACGUGCUUCUCAGUCUGGCCCGACGCAUCUUCCUCCAGGACUACAACACCCCCAGGGUCCGUCAGCUCUUCAAUCUCCACAUUUCCAAGUCGCCACCCCGGUUGUUCCAAAGGCUCCUACACCAAUACGUCCACGACAGCCUUCGCAGCAAGGUUCUCACGCGUCAUCUCCGCGGUCCCAACCUGCACACGUGGAUAUCUCGCAGACUUCCUCUUUAUCACCUGGAUCAGUAAGCACUACGAUACCGGGAAAAGGAGUAUCUCAGGCCCCGCUCCUCCAUCAUCCACAGCCGUCUGCUCCGCUCUCUCCAUUAGGUGGCGUUGGCCGUGGUUCUCAUACGCUCAGUUUCAGCCCUAUGCAAUCAUUGAAUGGGUUGCCUACUAAUCCCGGUACAAUUCCAGCGAUGGGACCUCGCAUGCCUAUGGCCCAUGACAUGUCGAUGUACACAAAUCACUCUGGGCCUCUUGGAGGACAAUAUCGUGGGUUUGCCUCUCCAGACAGUAUCCCUCUCCCUCCAGGAAUCACAGGACCACGACAUCUUGGUCAAGGUCGUGGAUUUCAAAUGGAAGUAGGGCAUACAUCCCUCCCGUUCCAUCCACAACCCAAUGCAGCUGGCCCGAUAUCUGCAGCGGCCCCACAAUCGUCACAAAACUCUGGAGCUUCCUUGACACAUACUAGACAGCCCUCUAUAUCCUUUGAAAGAAACCAGCAUGAAACCCAACCUCAAAGCCAACCCAUUUCCCGACCAGCUCCUAUUCAACGACCCGCUAGUACAGUGCCACAUGACCAGCAUAAAGAUGAAUCGAAAACGAACCAACAAGAGAUUGAUGAGCUCAGCACUCAAUUGGGUAGCAGUGCAUUGCUUGAUGACAGUGACAUCCCUCUCACAGCACCCCCAUCACAACCCCUGUCUUCGGCCCUCCCGCCGGGUCUUCCUGGCGCUGGAAGAAUCGGAUUUGCAGGCCCGUCGUUAUUCUCUGAUCACCUUGGUUGUAAGUUAAGAUUUUCCCCAUAUCAUAGUAGCGUUUUGCACUAA